GGGGCGUGGGCGGCGGCGGCGCGGGGCCGGGGGGAGCCGCGGGGCCGGGAGCGGGGUAGGCUGCGCCCGUACUUAAGCGCGCUGCCCGAGCCGCUGACGUCUUUCGAAUUGGAGACGGGCUGCCCCGCUCCCGCCCGGGCUCCAGCGGACACGGCCGGGGACGGAGCCAAGGUGCGAGUGUCUGUGUAGAAUGUCCAGGCAUGCAAAAAAGCUUAGAGAUCACGAUAUAAAUCCAUGUCUAGCGGAAACAGAUGCCACUACAAAAUGUAUGAAUGACAACAACUAUAACAAGGAUAUGUGUACUGAUUAUUUUUUGAAGUACAAAAACUGCAGAAAAUUCUGGCAUGGCAUUAUGAUGCAAAGGAAGAGAAAUGGUGUGAAACCAGAGAUGCCCUCAGCAGAAGAAAGAAAGAAAAUCUUGGAAUCAAUGGGGAAGCCCUACUGACUAGAAAUCUGAAUUGAUUGACUGUUGUCGCUGUACAUAUGAAGACUUAGCAGCAGCAAGUUACCAUUUUAUGAACUGGAUUUUACAAUUGCCAUAUGUUGGAUUAAAAUAAGAUCUUAAAUUUUGAAAUGUGUGAGCUUUCUAGGAUAGAACUUCCUGGGUUUGUUCCUACUUCCUGCUGUAGGAACCUGGCCUCUUUUUAUUGGAAGAUCUGGGUCUCUGCAACUUGUGUAGAAACUUUUGGAAGUAGAAACUACCUUGCUGUACCUUGCUGAAAUGCUAAAUUUAAAAUCAAUGGGACUUGAAGAAAGCCUGUUUGAAAAGAUGGGUUGGUGAGCAUUGCAGUGUGGUUCUAAGUUCUAAGACUGGAGCAGGUUGAGAAGCUGGUACAUGCAACAUGUUUCUUGCACUCAGCUGUUCUGCUCAAUAGUAUGGAUUUACCAUGUGUGAUUUUAUCACUAUUUUCACAUGUUGAAUUCUGUGUCCCCAGUUGAAAUAACUGAAUUCAGUUAAUUACUGAAAAUAACUGAUUUCAGUGUCAUGAACUGAAAUCCUAAAUCCAACAAGCUUGUCACUGGGUCUGCCACUGCACUUGCAGUGACAGCAGAUGCUUGUAGUAGUCAGAUCUGCAAGCUCUGCUAGUUAGAAGGUUAGAGAGACGGGUAAAGAUAAAACUGAACUCCUCAGGUCUGAGCUGCAUAGUAAUUUCUGUGGAUAGUAAAUAGAUACUUUGGUGGCGGGCAGGCAGGGGGAGACUUGCAGACAUGUAAACAGAUCCUCUGAGUGACAUGGCAGGUUUAACUAUAGUACAUCUAUCUAAGACUCUGGACAGCUGAAACCUGGGGUUUGGAAAUGCUUACUCAUACGAGAUUACAAAGCUCAGUUUAAACAGGUACUCUAAUCUUAAAUAAGGUUUAUUCUUUAGCUAAAUUGAACAACUAAUAAAUGUAAACAUGUUGCUGUCUAGUAGAAA